AUGACGGCCGUCGCUCAUGCCAGCUCCAUCGGCGCGGCCUUUGACGCCCUCGGUCUCGACGAGGGCCGAUUGGCCGGCGGUCCUCCUCCUCCCACCUUCUUCCAAGCAACGACCGCGUCCAACAUACAAGGCCAGGCCGCCAUCCCCAUCUACAUUGCGCCACUGAGGGACCGGAUCGUCGAGGCAUCCGACCGGCACACGUCGCUCACGCAGCGCCUCGAGGCGCUCGGCGAUGUGCCCGCGCGCAUGGAGCGGGACAAGGAGGCCCUCUACCAGUGCAGCGGGCGCCUCAGCUCGCUCAGGGCGAGGACAAAGACUUUUGAGAGCGACGACCGCGCUGCCCGCAAGGCCUACAGCGACAAGGUCGGCAACUUUGCCAAGCGCAUCAUCAACAAGCGUCCGGCCCGAGGCAGGGCGGUGGCGCUGGCCAAGGACCACCACGAGAGGGCGCGCACCGACCUCGAGCAGCACCUCGACCUCAUCAGGGCGACCGAGGCGGAGCUGUUGCGCAUUCGGGCCGAGCUAUCGGACCUCGAGCUGAAGCAGGUCGAGUAUCUGCAGCUCGUCGAAGACCUCGAGCAUCUCAACGACAGCCUCUUUGCGGGGCCCACGCCCGAGUUCCCCGAAGAGGAUCUGCUGGAAUGGGAGCACAACGUCCUCGUCGAGACGGGCCGGCAGCUACAGGCCGAGGCCAACCGGGAGCGGCGGGCCCGGCAGCUCCUCAAUCAGGCCUCGCCGAGCCUCACGGCGUGCAUCACCGACCUGCGCAAGGCGCUGCAGAUCUGCAUCGAGCUGGGCGUGGCAAACAACCGCAAGUACUCGCACCAGAUGUUUGUCGGCGGAUCGACGUCGGCGACGGUCAAGGCGACGACGUCGCUGGUGCUGCGGACCAAGACCAACAGCGGCAAGUUCUACACGACCAUUGCCAAGGCCAGGGGAAGCCAGGCGCUCGUCAGGCGCGCACCGGACUUUUCGGUCAUCGAGCUACACCUGAUGCCCGGUCAGAGGAGCCCGAAGGCCGUCGACGAAAAGGGCCUACACAAGGCCAUGGAGGGCUCGUACGCGCAGGCCCGCUUUUGCGAGACCUACCUGCGUGACGAGAUCAGCCAGUCGGUCGGCCGGCAGGCUAAGCUCAAGGAGCAGGGUGCGCUCCUCGAGGAGCAUAUCGCGCAGGCGAGGCGCGAGCUCGAUGCCUACCGCAGGCGCAUCGUCGUCGCCGUCGCAUCGGGCAACGAGGCGGCCCUGCUCGACGACGUCGCAGCGCUCCCGUCGUGCCCGCUUGCGGACCCGCACCAACCCAAGCGCAGCGUCGCAUUCUCGGUCGGGGAUCUUGGCGCGCGACAUACGCCAGGCCCGGUGAUCCUGGGCAACGUCAUCAACGGAGCCAUCCUGCGCGAGACGGUGCUCUCGCACACGCGCCAGCGGUCAUUUUCGCUCACGACGACGGGCACCGUCACGCAGCUGGUCGACCUGCGGACCCGCGGCGGCGACGACGACGACGACGACGACGACGAGGCCCAGGUCGGCCGACGAGGCGCCGAGGGCAGCGACGACGACGGCGGCGAGGGUGUCGAACGACAGGUGGCGGUGCAGUCGACAAAGGACCCCAACGUCGCCGCGACCGUGGCCAUGUCGGCCGUCACCGACGUCGAGUCGCCCGCCGAGAGGCUGCGGAAGGAGGCCCUGCGGAGGCUGAGAGCGAUACUGGCCCGCUCGAUCGGAACGCCCGAGAUCGAAGAGCUGCCUUCGUACCCCAUCUAG